AUGGCUAUGCCUCUCACACACAACAUGCUUAUUCGCACAAUCUCAUCAUCACUACUCAUUUUCUCAUCAUUUCUCACUCUCACAACAUCCCAAUCCACCGUGUGCAGAACAUCCUGCGGCGACAUCCCCAUCAAGUACCCAUUCGGCAUCGACGACGGAUGCGGAAGCCCAUACUACAGACACAUAUUCGCAUGUUCCAACUCGGGAAAACUCGAACUCAGAUCCCCUUCGGGGAGAUACCCGGUUCGCAACGUGAGCUACGCUGAUCCACACGUUGUGGUCACUGAUCCCUUCAUGUGGAGCUGCGAGGACGGUGAGAGGUUUCGUCCCACGAGACCCUUCAGUUUGGAGACCAGCACCCACUUCAAGCUCUCUCCGCAGAACGAGUACAUGUUCUUCAAUUGCAGCGAGGACAACGUCAUCAUUCAGCCCAAGCCCAUGUUUUGUGAGCACUUUCCUGAACACUGUGACUCUUCCUGUGACAGUGCUAGCUAUCUCUGCAGGCACUUGCCUGGCUGCUCCUUUGCGCUCCCUCGUAGUACUUGUUGUUCGUACUAUCCCAAGGCCACCGCGUCUCUUAGGUUGAUGCUUAAGUAUUGCACCAGUUAUGCUAGCGUUUAUUGGAAGAACGUUGGUGCUCCUAUGCCUUAUGAUCAGGUUCCGGAAUAUGGGAUCAGAGUUGAUUUUGAUAUCCCGGUAACAACGCGCUGCCUUCAGUGCCAGGAUCCGUUGAAAGGAGGUGGGACUUGUGGAUUUGACACUCAGAAUCAGACCUUCACGUGUCUUUGUAAGGAUGGAAACUCCACUACUCAUUGUAAAGAUUAUGACAUUGCAAGGCACAAUAGGAGGGUCCAUGUUAUCGCAGGGACAGUUACGGGCGUUUCCGUUGCAGGUGCAUUUGGAAUUGGAGCUGCUGUUUGGUACUUGAAGAAAGUGAGAGCUAAAGCACCAGUCACAUGUGGAGUUCAAAGCAACGAAAAUAGGCUAUUCUGA